AUGUCGGAAGAUCUUUCAUUAAAUGAUGUAGUAAUGCCAAAAUGCUAUACACGAAUUUCAUUCGUGUUUGAUUAUAAAAUCGAUGAUUUAGAAAAACUAUUGUUUGAAUUUUUAAAAAAAUUCUGCCCAAGUGUAUUUGGAAAAAUUGUCUAUGAUGAAAAUAAACCAAAUUAUGGUCAAUUAGUAGAAUCCACAUAUGAUUCAAGUCAAAUAUUUAGUCGAACUGACCAACCUGACAUUCCAAUAUCUAAUUAUAUUAACUGUAGUUUUCAAGAACUUGAUGUUCAUCCUUAUUCAGCUAUACCAACUGACAGUACACCAUUGUUUUUUCUUCAUCAAAUAAAUGUUCGUGAUGGAACUUUAUUAGCCGUGGGAAUGCAUCAUCAACUUUCUGAUGGUCGUGGAUUUUUUACAUUACUUGAACGAUUUUCGAAUUGGAUUCGUUAUAAGGAUGAUAUGAAAAUAACUCCAUUUAAUUUUGAUCGAUCUCUAUUAAAACCAGCGACCGAUGUUCUUUAUGAACAUACGGAAUAUACUACACAAGCACGUAAAUAUCCUUUUACGGAACUACCAACGAUGGAAGUCAUUGUUAAAAUAUUUACUAAACAAGAAUUAUUUGAUAAAUUAAAAAUAACAGCAACACAUGUUUCAUUUAAUGAUGUUCUUGUUGCUUGGUUAACUCAAGCAAUAAGUCAAAUACGUCAGAUACCAUCAAAUGAAACGAUUAAAGUUGGUAUGGCAAAUGAUGGUCGAUCUGAGUUAGGAAUUGGUUUAGAUUAUUUUGGUAAUUGUAAUUUUUAUUUUGCUCUUCAAUUUCAAAUGGUUGAUUUACUCAAUAAAUCUGUCAAUGAAUUGGCGGAACAAGUUAAUAAUGACAAAAAACAACGAAUGACAAAAGAUUACAUGACGUCAGCUUUGGCUUGGCUCAAGCAAGCUUCACAACCGGUUCAUCCUAGCUUCCAAGCAUUCUUAGGCAAAGAUUUAGCUUUUACAAAUUGGUCUCGUUUUCCGCUCUAUCAAGUAGAUUUUGGUCAUGGCCCACCUCGACGAGUUGCAUUACCACCUGCUCGAUGGGAUGGUUUGAUUUUGGUUUUACCAACUGAAACAAAUGCAGUCGAACUAUAUAUUGGUUUAAAACAAGAUCAUGCUUAUGAAUUACUGCAACGCAUUGAUGCUUUGUAG